AUGUUCAAUUAUUCCUCAUGGGAAAUUGGAUAUGAAGCUUGGAAGAGUUUUCCCAGCAGAGUUAGAGAAUGCUUCUUGGCCAAUCCGAAUAAUUUCCAGCGUGAUACUUACGUUGAGUCCUGGCUUUCAAGUUUCCAUUUUUUUCCUUCAGAAAACCAAAAAUCUAUCUUUAAGUUUUCUAUAAAAGGCAACCCUGCUGAUAUGCAGCAUGGUGAUAAAACUUUCUGAAUUCCAGACUCUCAUCCAAGAAUUCACCUCCAGUAA